GGAGUGUAAAAAAUAUUCUUUUUUGGGAAUAGAGUUCCACGUGUAAUCCCAUAUAAACACGGAUGCCCAUGCAAAUAACAGAUGUUCAAUUCCUCACAAGCAUUGGGAGGAGAUCGAUAGAACAGUGUGAUACAAGUUCUCAAGUAGUUAUUACAGUCAAGGCUGUUUUAGCAUGCAAGAGUGAACGCUUGAGGUUAGGGAGAGUGAAACGAUGUUUUGAUAAAAAUUGCAAAGGCCUUGAUUCGCAUAUCCAUGUCCCUGAGGUAAUCGAGCCCGUGAAAGUGAGUUCCUGAUGACCUCGAACUUCAGAGGAUGUGGAAGUGAAUGAGAAUGACAUCAAAAGUGCACAUUUUAUGUGGUGGCAUCAGGUGUAGAUGUACGUGAUCAAACGUUCCGGGUGAAUGUCAUGUGAACUCAGGUGCACGUGUCUUUUAACGGUGCUCCAUUCACUAUUUUGACAAGGCUGAUAGUUAGAUCCAUUGAGAAGUACCACAGUCAAGCAAUUUAAAACUGCCAGAUGUUCGGUAUUCACCGGUGUGGGUGAUUAAAAAUGUUUGGAUAGGCGGUGGAAGUUUGUCGGAGAGGUGGUGGAGAUAAGCAGCACUGGGACUGGUUCUUGGUGUUAUUCGAACAAUCUAGUGAUUCCAUGUAUCAGAGAGAUAUUGGGUUAACAGGAGGCAGCGAUACAUGACAUAAACUGAUUGUCACCAAAGGUGAUAUUGAUUUGAUUAUUUACUCGAGAAUUUUUGCCAUUCGAUUCUUGACGGAGAAGCCAAGAUGAUCAGAGAUUACUCACCACUCGUCCAAGCCCUCGUCGGGACCCUCUUCACCUGGGCACUGACAGCAGCCGGUGCUGCUCUCAUUGUUGUCAUCAGGGGAAAACAGAGAAAACUUCUCGAUGUGAGUCUCGGCUUUGCUGGUGGUGUGAUGAUAGCAGCAAGUUAUUGGUCACUGCUGGAACCAGCCAUUGAAAUGGCCCAAAAGAGUAAAAUUUAUGGUGCUAAUGGGGAAUACGCGUGUAUACCAGUUGGAAUUGGAUUUGUCAUUGGCGCAGCUUUUGUUUAUGGAACAGAUGUAUUGAUAUCAGCCCUUGGCAUUCAAUCCCCAAAUGUGCUAUUAGCUAUGCAAUCAGUUGGUACGAAACAAAGACGAAAAAUCCAUGAAAAGAGUGACGAGGAUUUAGACGAUAACAAUGUAAUUAGUGGUGUACAAAUAAGCAGUGGCAAAAAUCAUUAUGACACGACCACUAUUGAUGGAUUUUACGAGCAAAGCACGAGGAGAAGACAACCUGGAUCGUUGUCCAGAGGUUCUGAAUUGGGUGACUUAGGAAUGGUAUACGAGGACCCAGGAAAUGAAGCUAAAAAUAAUCAGUGGAGGCGGAUACUGUUAUUAGUUGUGGCAAUUACGGUACAUAAUAUUCCAGAGGGUCUUGCUGUUGGCGUUGGCUUCGCUGCUGUGGGAAGUAGCCCAGCUGCUACCUUCGAGAGUGCAAGGAAUCUUGCGAUAGGUAUCGGCAUCCAAAAUUUCCCUGAAGGAUUGGCGGUAUCAUUACCUCUACAAGCUGCUGGUUUCAGCACUUUGAAGAGCUUCUGGUAUGGCCAAUUAUCGGGAAUGGUGGAGCCAAUUGCUGGUGUCCUCGGCGCUGCUGGCGUUUCACUCGCAGCACCAGCUUUACCUUAUGCAUUGGCCUUUGCUGCAGGUGCCAUGAUUUAUGUCGUCGUUGACGACAUUAUCCCGGAAGCACAUCAGAGUGGGAAUGGCAAAAUCGCCAGCUGGGGAGCAAUGGUAGGAUUUUUAAUAAUGAUGUCACUGGAUGUUGGGCUUGCAUAGAGUCCAGUAAAUUAGUUUCAAUUAGAGGACCAAAAGCACUAAUUUUCAUCGACGUUUCUCUGGACAUCGAUACAUCAGUUCUAAAUCCGUAGUUAGAUUAAUAAAAAGAUAUUAAAUAUAAAGGGAAUGGAAGGGUGAUUGUGAUAAGUUUUUCCAUAAAUUGUGAAGUGCAAUUAUUAAGAUUAUUAUUCGUAGAGCUUGUGAGGAGCGAUCGAUUGAGAGAAGUCAAUUAAGUACUACCAACUUCCCCAGUGUAGACUCUGAUAUGCCCUUCAGUUACUUGAUAUCUAGUGAUAUAUUUCUUACUUGCCAAUGAGUCCCGAGUGCUUAAUUUCCUAAUAUUCUUAGGUAAAUUUUUAUCGAAAUAUCUGACGUUUCUUUGGCAAAAAAAUCUGCCGCAUGUUCAAGCUCUUCAAAUUAUUUUUUUGUGCCAAGAAACUGCAGAUAUGGAUUUGUUAUUGAUCUAUCAAACAUGAUUUUUGGUAAUCUCCUGUUUUUAGGUGAAGUAUUUGCUGUGAUGAUUAUUUUUUUGGCUGUUUGGGAAGAAUUAUGAUACAUAAAAUUGUAAUAUAUAAUAGUUCAGAAAAAAUUUGGUAACGGCUCGGUAAAAAUCAUCUAAUUGUUCGCAAAAAACGAUUUAGCUACAUAGUCAAAUUUUUUGACGAAUAAAUUCUUCCAUAACCGCCAAAAUACAACAGGAUUACUCACCAUAGUACCGUACAAUACAGUAUUUUUAAAAAAUUGCUCUUCAUGUUCACUUAAUAAUCAUGAAUGAAAACUAAGGGAUGUCAACGUACUGUUAGACAUUAAUUUUAUUGUCAAAAGUGGAAGAUUGGUGUACAAGUUCGAUUAUAUUUUUUUAUAGAAGACUUGAAAAGAUGUGCAGUUUUCCAUCUUUCGAUCGGUGUUUUUUUCUUCCGUGGUGUAGUUAUCCUACUAAACCUACUUCAUUUUCGUUGAUAAUUUUCAAGCUUAAGUAUAGACUUCCAAUCUUUGACCGAUCCAGGUCCAGGGUAACUAGAAAUGAAAGGACAUUUAUUAAAAUAACAAUCAUUGAUCUAAAUCAUCAAAUGAGUAAUUAAUAGUGUUACGGAUGAUUCUAUCUUCCGUAAUGAUAAAUUCACUUUUAAGGCACGAUAAAUGUAGAAUUCAUAUUUUCUUAUAUUUACCUUAAUGCGAGUUUGUAAAUAUUUGCAUGCACGAAAUAUCAGUGCAAAUGAUAGGACAAUUAUGAAUUUUUACAAUGAAUGUGGGACAAGGAAUCCUAUUCCCAUCUGUCCGUAAUAUAUGCAACUUGUAACAGAUGGACAGGAUUUUUCCGUAAGUUUAAUCAUUGAUGAUGCAAUAAUAAUUAUGUGAUGGCGAUGCUUACUCCCUUCAAGUGUGAAUAACUCUUUAAGGGGAUGAAAAUGUGAAGAAAAUAUUUUGUGGAGAGAAUGUCUGCAAAUAAAUUCAUAAAUUUCCAAAGUUA